UGAAGUGCUUGGUAAUGUAUUUAUAUAGCUUUUUAAUGUCUUCUGUCGGUUUUUAUAUACUAGGACAUUUAUUUUUGAAUGAGAUUCAUUAUACGUUAGCUAUGAAUACUCAACUUGAACCGAGUUUUUCCAACAACAUCCGACAACGAAAUACUACCUUGUCUAUAUUGGUAGUUUCCAUCGGAGCAAGUCAAAGAAGUCAAUCGAUGCAAAGAAUAACACAAGAAUUAUCUCAUCGAGGACAUCGAAUAAGAAUGAUCUAUCCAGGAAGGACAGACUCUAUUAUGAACUCUAGUUGGAAUUAUAACUUGGAGUGGAUUCCUGUGCGAGACGACUUGGUCACAACGACGAAGAACAAUAGGGUGGAAACUAAAAAUCAAAGAGAAAACGGAAUACAAAGUAUGAGACCCUCUGACUUCAGACGACCUCGAAUCAACAAAACUCCUCAGUUCUCCGAGUCUCCUGUGGACUAUACUUUGAGACUAUUGUGGCAAGAAAGGUCAGCUUGGAAGACUCUAAAUUAUUUACCAAAGCAUUUAUUGUUUCCAUUGAGGCACUGUUUAUUUGACGUGAUAUCAAAAGAAAUUCAAAAGGAUAGACCGGAUAUGAUAGUUGCCGAUAUGGGAGUGUUUGCUGCUUGGGAUAUCGCAGAUUUGUAUGAUAUUCCUUUAUUCUUAUUAUAUUGUGGACCUUUAUUUCCGAUUUCUUCAGAUAGUAGUGGACUGAAAGAUAUCCUUUUGCCUCCGCCUCUUUCGGGUGGUUCUAGAAAUGCAACUUUAUUGCAGACUGCAUUGUUUGUACUUCAAAAGUGGUUAUAUGAGUUACACGCAAGUCCUGCAUUGCACAAAUUGAAUAGACUACGUUGGUAUCAAGGUCUUGAUAGUUAUCGAAGUAUUCGAGACCUUCUUUGUAGAAAGCAUAUUUAUCUAUUUCCUACUACAUUUGCUUUUGAAAUUCCUCGCUCGUUAUCCUCGUAUUAUUGGCUAUCAGGACCCAUUGUUUCCCAAUGUACAGAAUCCUUACCUAAUUCUGCUAUAGAAUUUGCCAAACUCUAUUCAGAACAAGUAGUUUUGAUCAAUUUGGAAGGAGCCUAUCUAUCGAGAGUUGUCACUUUAUCUAUCGUCAAUGAGCUUCAUACUCUUUUGACUGGUUUUUGGUGGAUGAAUGGUUCUUAUGUACAACCUGAACAUCUCCCCAAUAACUUUUAUAGUCUACAAAGGCAACUUUUCGGUUGUGCUCUUUCCAGUUCCAUGGUUGGUAUUGUAGUCGUUCCUUGUUUAUCAGAUGUGGUUCAAGAAGUGCUGUAUUUUGGAAAACCUGUAUUAUGUGUAGCAACUGGAGCUGUUCAGCUGGAUGUAGCAACACGUUUGACGGAAACGCAUGCUGGUGAAAGCAUAUUCACUUCGGGAAUUUCUAUUUUAGAUGAAUUGACAACCAAGUUGCAGGAUAUGUUUGGUAAUCUCGAGUCUUAUCAUACUGCAGCAUUGGAAAUAUCUUUGAAGAUUCGAAUGGAAACUUAUGGACUGAAUUAUCUAUGUGACUCGAUGGAGUCCAUUCUAUACUUGGAACCUGUCACUUAUGAGAAUACUAACAGUUGUGUAGAUUCAUUUAUAUCAACUUUAUUUGGACGUUGUUUAUUUUAUUUUGCUAUUGCUUAUGUAGUUUGGUAUUUUUUGUUUNGAGAGAUGAUGAGAGCAAAGAUGGGACUGGCUUGGCAAGUUUUCUGUAACUAUGCUAGUGAUGAACGUUUCUAUUUUAAGCGUGCACGUUUAUUGGCAACACGCUUGAAACCAAGAAUUUUCGAGUUGGAUAGACGAAAAGUAGUGGUGACUGAUUCUAGUAGACGUUGUAUGAAAGGUGCUGGUUUCAAUAGGUUUUCUCGAUUGCAUUGGAUACUGGGAACUUUGCCGUGUUAUAUUUAUUACAAAAAUAAUUUUGAAAGAAGGCAUAUACUUACCUUGUGUCUGUUGGUUGUUGUCGGGUCACACGUUAGGAAAAUGGGGAACUUUGUCCACUCGUUACUAGGUCCUCUUUGGUAUAGAGUCACUAGGAAACACGCUUCGUAUCAUAUGCUUGACGUUUCGAGAUUGGCCGUGAUGGACAAAGAAGGAAAUAUAGAACCUGCCAAUUCACUUUCGAAUAGAUUCACGACAACUUUUAUAUCUCCUGACAAACAACUAGUUACUCCACUCAAAGAGUUUCAAGAGGACGUGAUUGGCCACUCUGGUUUAUUUUUGCAUCUUUCUAGUGGUAUCUUUCUCAAGUGUAUUGUUCUUUACUUGUUGUUGUGGUUAAUCUGUGCGUAUCUAUUGAUAGAGAAGGCGGGAGUUGGGCAACGUCAACAAAGAAAAAGUUGGCUAUUCGGAAAUAUUUCAAACAGGAGAAAGCAGGGAGAGACAACGGAUUUCAAGCCUUUGGCCAACGACAUAGAUUCAUUGGUUAAAGCUGGCGAAUCCUCGAGUUCUUUUCUUCGUCAAACUAAUGUUGGAAGAGCAGUUGUGGAUUCGAUGAUGAAAGAAUUCAUAUCACAAACUCGAAAACGCUCUCAUGAUACAGAGCAUUAUGAUAACCUUGUUAUGGUUGAUAUGAACGAAGAAAUGAUGCAAAGCGUCAUGAAUAGGUUAAGAAUGGAACUUCAAGUGAAUGAGCAAGGGCAACAAGUUGUGGACUCUAUAAACAAUACGAAGGAACCGCUUUGUAAGGUUUGGUUGAAAUCUUGUAGUCAAUUGCUAUCUGACUCGAUUCGCGGUAAAUGUUUUGAGAAGAUUGUACAGAAUGACAAAUUGCAACAAAUUCUCCUAGUUUCAGAAAGUUGGAUGGGAAGAGUAGCGAUAUUCUUCUUUAUAUCGGCGCUUUUGCAACAGUUUAUCAAAACUGGAAAUCUCAUGAUAGGGACUCCAUGGUAAGAGUUUCAUGGUGAUUAUCACAUUCUUUGGACAUAUUAUUUUCCUAUUAUGCAAAUAAUAAGACGUCUCAGUUCUUUGUAAGAGUAAUAAAAAAUUUCGUAUGGAC